GUAGCGCACGUCGCUCCCGUCCACCCACUCGCCCGCAUUUAACCCGGCCCGCCGCCGCCCGCCGCUCCUCAGCCCGCGCGGCGCGGACGCGGCAUGAACAGCCCGGCCUGAGCCCCUGCCGCCAGCCCGCCCCGCUCCGCGCACCGCGCUCCGCUCCGCGCACCCCGCACCACCGCUAUGGAGCGGAUCCCCAGCGCGCAGCCCCCGCCGGGCUGCCUGGGCAAGCUGCCCGCCCUGGAGAGCGGCGACAUGCCGGGGCUGGACUUCGCGCACAUGUACCAAGUUUACAAGCCCAGGAGGGGGUUAAAGAGGAGCGAGGACAACAAGGAGACCUACAAGCUGCCGCACCGGCUGAUAGAGAAGAAGCGGCGCGACCGGAUUAACGAGUGCAUCGCCCAGCUGAAGGACCUGCUGCCGGAGCACCUCAAGCUGACGACUCUAGGUCACUUGGAGAAGGCUGUGGUUCUCGAGCUCACCUUGAAGCAUGUGAAAGCACUAACCAAUCUCAUCGAGCAGCAGCAGCAGAAAAUCAUUGCUUUGCAGAAUGGUUUACAAGCGGGUGACCUGUCAUCAAGAAACCUCGAUUCCAGCCAGGAAAUGUUUCGAUCCGGUUUCCAGAUGUGUGCCAAGGAAAUGCUGCAAUACCUGGCAAAGCACGAGAACGGCAAGGACCUGAAGUCGUCCCAGCUGGUCAGCCAUCUGCACCGAAUGGCCUCCGAGGUGCUGCAGGGCGGAGCCGGCCGCAAGUCCGGAGACAUCCCUCCUAAAAUGGUGGACUUGAAAGAGAAGCCCGUCUCCUUGGCCACAGUAGCGGAGGGACAUGGGAAAAACUGCGUGCCCGUGAUCCAGAGGACAUUUGCCCACUCCAGCGGGGAGCAGAGCGGCAGUGACACAGACACGGACAGUGGGUACGGGGGAGAGCUGGAGAAAAGUGACUCCAAAUCCGAACAGCAGUAUUUCAGAAAGGAUACCGAACUCAAGUACGCUGUGCAGGAGAGAAUAAGCUCUAUUAAGCAAGAGACUGAGGACCCGCCGGCCAAAAGGAGCAGGCUGGAGUCACCGGAGGACGAGAGCCCUUUUGGCAGCGACAUGAUGGGCUCUUCCAGCAGCUUCCUGGGGCCUCACGCUCACCAGCCUCCCUUGUGCCUGCCUUUCUAUUUGAUCCCACCAUCGGCAACAGCCUAUCUGCCCAUGCUGGAGAAGUGCUGGUACCCAGCGUCCGUACCUGUCUUGUACCCCAGCCUCCCAGCGUCUGCCGCAGCACUUACGGGGUUCAUGAACCCCGAUAAAAUCUCCCCACCUCUGCUGAUGCCCCAGAGACUCCCUUCUCCCAUACCAGCCCAUUCCCCUAUCGACUCAUCGGCUCUGCUUCAAGCUUUGAAGCAGAUUCCUCCUUUGAACUUGGAAACCAAAGACUAAGCGCAGUGUGAUGUUUUUGUUUAAGUUGGUUUUUGUUUUGUUUUAGUUUGAGACUUUCACUUUUCUAUAUUGGCUGGACUGAGGUGUGGGGAUGAGGUUCACUGCACGUAGGAAGCUAAAUCCCCUUUUCUCUGACUUGUCAGGUAGCUUGGAGGAGGAUGAAGGAUGCGCCCAGGUUAGCGAUUCAGAGCUACUUCCAGGAGAAAUACAGAAAAAGAAGGGGUUUGUGCUUUACCCCUUACCUUCUUCCCUCUCCACAUCUACAAAACAACAGUUGACUUGGUCAGCUGCGACUGUAUUGCAAAGCUGUGAAGAAAUAUUCCAUUAGGCAGACUUGGGUUUAGGGUCUGUGAAUAUAAAAACACGGUACUUCGCAUGAAAAGGCUUUUAAGGCAGCAGCCCCACUGCUGGUAGUCUGAGCUGAACUGAUUCAGUGCCCCAGCAGUCACCAGUGCCAAAGUGACUGGCACAGUUGGUGCAGCAGUGGUGGAAAUGCCACCAAAAGCACAGGAGCAGCGGACACUGCUUGGUCAUGCACAGUCAGGUAGACUUAAGACGGGUUUUCUCCACACCUUUGGCUGAUAUAUAUAUAUAUAUUUUAAUUUUUUUUAAAGAAAUAAAAGGUAGAUGCUGCUUGGAAGCUUUACGUGGCGUACAUCUAAUAAAUAAAUUAACACACGCCCCUUCCUGUAACUGGAGCUGCUAGUUUGGGCCGGGUAGGGGAGAAAAUACCCCAAGGAUCACUUGGCUUGUUGCACCUGACUCCAGGCCUCUCUCGCUGCUGCUGCGCAGUUCCACCGGGUCUGUGUUGGAAAUCAGGAUGGUUUAAUGAGCCCUGUCAGCAGGGGCCCAGCCUGUGAGCAGCUGCUUCCCGACCGGGGCGAGUCGAGAGCUUCAUGCAAGAGGGAGCAAUUCAGCCGGGGUCGGCAGCGCGAUGCCUGCUGAACGUGCCCAUCAGUGCCUUUGGACAAUGAAAAGGCUGGGAUUUUCAAAGGAGUCUAAUCCCAGUGGGGUUUGAGCAUCUAAAUUCCUUAGUCUCCUAGGCAAACCCUGGCCCAUGUUACUGUAUUAAAGAAAGAGGGUGAGGGUGUUGACACUUGUCCCGUUAAACUGCGAGGGUCUUUCUCCGUUAGAGGCACAUUAUGUCCAUUUUGGCUUCUUUUUCAAUUCACAAAAGAACUUCACUGCAAAAUGCAGUGCUGGGGUUGGGGUUUGGUUUGGUUUUCAGUUUUUCUUCCUGGUUUGGAGAACUCGUGUCCAGAAACCCUGUUGUAUGGAUUUUCAUUUCGCCCUCCCAUUGCACCAGCUGUUGAGAUGCACUAUGCUUGAUUGCAGAUUGUGUUCUGACGUUUAUUUUGUCAUUGGUUUUUUGGGUUUUUUUGGUAUACAGUUGUUGCCUUUAUUUGUAAAAUCCUGUUAUAAAUAUAUAUAUUAUAUAAAUAUAUUAAAAGGUAAAAUGUUUCAGAUGUCUAUUAUUUGUAUAACUACUUGAGCAUAAAGAAGUGAUAAAUAUGAAUGUAUUCUCGUUUCUGGGUUGUCUUUUUUCUGAAGAGAAGAAUUUGUUUUUCUCUAGGGAGAGGUACAGUGUUUAUAUAUUGGAGCUGCCUUCAAGGUGGGCUAUUGUACAUAUUUUUAUCUUGAGUAAAUGUUAAGUAGUUGUUUAAAAAUGCUUAAUAAAAUAAUUCUUUUCCUGUGGAAGAUAA